AGUCCGUGCGGCUUCCGUCUCUAGCAACAAUCCCCUGAGGUCAGGUCGUCCGACCGACGAUGGGAUCUCUCGCCGACCCCUACGCGCUACGCGGUGUCUCCGACCUGCCCCCGCCAUUCCGCCCCGUGUUUCAGUUCAGAUACUUCAAUUCCUUGCAGAGCGAGUGCUUCCAUGUGUGCUUCUUCUCGGAUGUGAAUAUGGUUAUCUCCGCGCCUACUGGGAGUGGGAAGACCGUGCUGUUUGAGCUCUGUAUGCUGAGGCUGCUCUCGAGGUUCCUUUCACCAGACUUUAGGUUCAAUUUGGUUGAAGGAACUCUGAAAACAAUAUACAUGGCACCCUCCAAGGCGUUGGUGCAGGAGAAGCUGCGGGACUGGAAGACAAAGCUGGGCCCACUGGGGAUUAAUUGCUUGGAGAUGACUGGUGACAAUGAAUUCUACAACAAUAAAGCCAUACACGAUGCUGAUAUAAUCCUCACCACUCCUGAGAAGUUUGAUUCCAUGAGCCGACAUGGUAUAAGAGAUGGUGGGUUGGGUUUCUUCAGUGACAUUGCCCUUGUCCUUAUUGAUGAAGUUCACCUUCUCAAUGAUCCACGUGGAGCUGCAUUGGAAGCAGUUGUCAGUAGAUUAAAAAUGCUCUCACGACAUGAAAAUAUGAAAUCUUCUCCUUUGGCUAGUGUCCGAUUCGUAGCUGUUUCUGCCACUAUACCAAAUAUUGAGGACAUAGCGGAGUGGCUCCUAGCACCCCCUGAAGGAAUCAAAAGAUUUGGAGAAGAAAUGAGGCCAGUGAAGUUGACAACCAAGGUCUUUGGUUAUGCUCCAGCUAAAAAUGACUUCCUUUUUGAGAGGAGGCUGCAAAAUUUUAUUUACGAUAUUCUCAUGCAACAUUCAAGAGGGAAAUCUGCACUUGUUUUCUGUUCUACAAGAAAAGGGGCACAAGAAGCUGCGCAGUGCCUUGCACAAACUGGAGCAUCGCUUGGCUAUUCCAAUCCAUUUAUGCAAUCAAUGCAGCACUAUGAACGUCUAAGGGAGGCUUCUCUAACAUGUAGUGACAAGCAACUGCAGACUUGCAUUGUACAUGGAGUUGGUUUUCAUAAUGCUGGUCUUUGCUCAAAAGAUCGGAAUCUUGUUGAGGGUCUUUUUCUCAAGGGUGAUCUUCAAGUUCUAUGCACAACGAAUACUUUGGCACAUGGUGUCAACUUACCAGGACAUACAGUUGUGAUAAAGUCAACACAGUUUUUCAACAAAGAGAAAGGCCUAUAUGCAGAGUAUGAGAGGUCCAUGGUGCUUCAGAUGUGUGGGAGGGCUGGGCGUCCACCGUUUGAUGAUACUGGAACAAUUAUAAUUAUGACAAGAAGAGAGACAGUUCAUCUAUAUGAGAACCUUCUAAAUGGAUGUGAAAUGGUUGAGUCUCAGUUGCUCCCAUGUGCAGUGGAGCAUCUAAAUGCAGCAAUUGUUCAGCUGAUAGUACCUAACAUAAAUUUGGCAAUUGAGUGGAUCAAGUGCUCAUAUUUGUACAUUAGGAUAAAGAAGAACCCCGAGAACUAUGGAAUUAAGAGGGGGACUCCUCGAGAUCUACUUGAAAAGCAAAUUAAAGAUAUAUGUGUUGAGAAGAUUCAUGAGUUGGUGGAGUAUGGGCUAAUUUGGAUGGAUGAAUACGCUUUCCAUCUACAACCAUUAGAACCUGGGAAGCUGAUGGCAAAAUUCUACCUGAAGUUUGAUACAAUGAAGCUUAUCGUCAAAGCUUCUGCCUGUUGCAGUUUGGAGGACUUAUUGCAUAUCAUCUGUCACUCUGCAGAGAUUACUUGGAUCCAACUACGCCGAAAUGAGAAGAAGAUUCUAAAUGACAUAAACACUGACAAAGAUGGUAGACUCCUCUUCCAUAUUAUCAUGGAGAAUAGAAAAAGGAAGAAGCGUAUUCAAACAAGAGAAGAGAAAUUAUUCUUGCUAGCAAAUGACUGCUUAACUGGGGACCCCCUAAUCCAUGAUUUAUCCCUUAACCAGGAGACAAACUCAAUAUGCUCAAAUGGAUGUAGGAUUGCCAGAUGCAUGAGAGAAUAUUUUGUAUACAAAAAGUGUUACAGAUCUGCCAUAAAUUCUAUGAUCCUUGCAAAUAGUCUACAUCAAAAGCUUUGGGAGAGCAGUCCAUUUCUGUUGAAGCAAUUGCCUGGGAUUGGAAUUGUAACAGCAAAGGCUCUGAAGAGUGCUGGAAUUUAUGACUUUGAGACCUUGGCAACUGCUGAUGCUAGAAAGAUAGAAUCAGCAACAGGGCGUAAUUAUCCAUUUGGGAACAAUAUAAAGGAAUCGCUGUCAUCAUUACCACCCAAAAUUGACAUACAUAUCGAGGAUGCUGGAAACAGACUGGGGAAGUCGACCAUUACUGUAACACUAACUCGUCUAUCACAGGCAGUUCGAUCCAACAAACGCAAUUUUGCUGACAUGGUCGUGGGCUCGGAGGAAGACAAUGUGAUCCUCUUUCAUAAGAAAAUAAGGACUCAAGAGUUCCACAGCCCACAUUCUGUAAAAGUUUUUGUGCCGUGCCCCCAGAAUACACGGGUCACUUUGAAGGCUGAUCUAAUAUUUGAAGAAUAUGUUGGUCUUGAUGUGCACAAGAAGCAUGUAAUCAGCAGGGAAGAUGAUUUGCAUGAGACCAAAGAGCAUGGAAUAAAUGAGCCUGUACCCGCAUACAAUCUUCCUGCAAAGAUUUGUUUGGUUAGCUCCAGGACAGCUCAAACAAGCCGAUCUCAGUCUCACACUGAACAGAACCCACUUUCCAAAGAGGUAUAUGUCAUAGAAGAGGAUGCUGCUGUCAGUGCUGUCGAGAAAGCUGAUAAUGUAGUGGGAACCAGAAAAUUCAACAACUUGGCUUCACUGGAGGUCCCCAGCUUUGAUCUACUGCCUGAAGAAGAGUAUCGAGACAUGCAAGCUGCAUCGACUCCUGAACCAGCAGAGGCAGAAUGCAAAAGUGCGACAAGCAACACGAUCUUUGAUCACAUACGCAAGAAAUCCAAAGAUUUCCCCAUUCUGAUGCUAUCGAAAUCCAUGGAUAGCUCUUAUGAACCUCUGAUACUCAAGAAGAUGAAGACAUCAAGGGACCAGUUUGGAGUAGAGCGGAGCAAUCUGCAUGUGGGUGACGUCACGCCAGUGGAUUCUGAACCUGCUGAGCCUGGGGUCUCUCCAACCAAUACUGCUGAGAAGUGUCGCAGGAUCCUGAAUAGAACUUCAAAGAGCCAUAUGCUGUUUGCUGGCAAAAGGGAUAGCCCAUCUGAGAAGAACAAGGUACUGACAACACCAGGGGAAAGCUCUCUUCGAUUUGCGGGUGAAAAGGACAGCCAAUUGGAGAAGAGCAAUCUCCUGAUCAAAGUUCCAGCUGAAAAUUCGCUCCAACUUGCACCCAAGCGUGACAGCCCGUCUGAGAAGAGCAAGAUGCUGACAACUCUAGAUGAAUGCUUUCUUGGGCUUGCGGGUGGAAAGGACAGCCCACUGGAGAAGAGCAGCAUCCUGACCAGAAGUCCAGACUGUCCAGUUGAAAAUCUUUUCAAAAAAGGAACUCCAGUUGAAAACUCUCCUCAGUUUACAGCUAAACGUGACAGCCCAGCUGAGAAGAGGAAAUUCUAGCAGUCCCCCCUUCCAUGCUUCCAGGCUGCACAGGUCACGAAGCAAUUCCGAGCUGCAGGUCAACCCUUCAAUAUUGAGGAAUAUGUCAAGGAUAUAUUGGCGAAACCAAAGGACGGUGGGAGUGGCGACUCUUUUCUUAAUUGCAGGAGCGUCUUUUCCUUUCUCUAUUGAGGAAUAUGUCAAGGAUAUAUUGGUGAGAAGAAAGGACAGUGAGAGUGGCGACUCUUUUCUUAAUUGCAGGAGUGUACGUCUUUUCCUUUCUCUGAUCUGCUGAAGAUUUCGAACAAUGUACAUUCAGUUAAAUAUUUUGCUCAAAACACGCAUUGUAACGUGGCAAAGCAUCUUCUUUCCUGGGCUUAAAUAGUUACGAAUGCUACUCUGCAUUUUAAUCUGUAAAUAUGACAUGAGUGUGCUUAUGUAUGGUACAUGUACAA